AUGCAGAACCAGAACCAGGUUUUGCAACAUGUGAUGAGAAAGAACAACCACAUAUCUGAAAACAAGAAAGAAAGAUGGAAGACUAUUGUGUUCUUCAAUGUUCACUCUUUCUGGAUUCUUCUUCUUCUUCUGCUGCUGCUGCUGCUUCAUUCCACAGUUAUGAAUCCAGUUUUGUGUGAAGAUGAUCGCUGGGAUGGAGUAGUCGUAACAGAAUCGAAUUUCCUAGCACUUCAAGCCUUCAAGGAAGAGCUCAUUGACCCAAAAGGAUUCCUGAGAAGUUGGAACGACACCGGCUAUGGUGCAUGUUCCGGAAGCUGGAAUGGCAUAAAGUGUGCAAAGGGACAAGUUAUAGUAAUCCAGCUUCCAUGGAAGGGAUUGCGCGGCCAAAUAACGGAACGGAUUGGACAGCUUCAGGGUCUCCGGAAGCUUAGUCUUCACGAUAACCGAAUCGGCGGCGCAAUCCCUUCAUCCUUGGGGAUUCUCCCAAGCCUCAGAGGUAUUCAGUUAUUUAACAAUAUGUUAACAGGUUCAAUCCCUCUUUCAAUUGGUUACUGUCCUUUGCUUCAGUCUCUUGACUUAAGCAACAAUUUUCUCACUGGAACAAUCCCUGAUAACAUUGCCAAUUCCACAAAGAUUUAUUCUCUUAACCUUAGCUUCAAUUCCUUCCAUGGUUCCAUUCCAAUUAGCCUGACUCGCUCGCGUUCGCUGACGUUUCUUUCGCUUCAGCACAAUAACCUCUCUGGAUCCUUGCCUAAUUCAUGGGGUGGUGAUGGUAGCAUGAAUAAUGGCCCCUUCUUUAGGCUUCAAAGUUUGAUUCUUGAUCAUAACUUUUUCACUGGCAUUGUUCCUUCUUCUUUGGGAAGACUAAGAGAACUGAAUGAGAUUUCCCUUGGUCAUAAUCGGUUUAUUGGAGCUAUACCAAAUGAAUUAGGAACACUUUCUAGGCUCGAAUCGUUUGACUUUUCGAAUAAUGAACUUAAUGGAAGCUUGCCUGCUACACUCUCUAAUUUAUCCUCACUAAAACUAUUGAAUUUAGAUAACAACCAUCUUGGUAACCAAAUACCUGAAGCUUUAGGGAAACUGCAUAAUCUUUCUGUUCUGAUUCUGAGUAGGAACAAGUUUAGUGGUCAUGUUCCUGCAAGUAUUGGAAAGAUUUCCCCACUUUCACAGCUCGAUUUGUCAAUGAAUAAUCUCAGCGGAGAAAUUCCAUUAUCUCUUGGGACACAAGUUAGUCUUAAGUUCUUCAAUGUGUCUUACAACAAUCUCUCAGGUCCCGUUCCAACUAUGCUUGCUAAGAAAUUUAACUCAAGUUCCUUUGUGGGAAACAAUCAAUUAUGUGGCUAUAGCCUUUCAUCUCCAUGUCUUGCACCUGCUCCAUCAGAUGAAGUUCUAGCACCGUUUCCUCAUCAAGAGUCGAAAGAUCGCCAUCAUAGGAAACUAGGUACCAAAGACAAGAUUCUCAUAGCAGCAGGGGCACUGCUCUUAGUCCUCAUUACACUAUGCUGCAUCCUGCUCUUCUGCUUGAUCAGAAAGAGGGCGAAUUCUACGGCGGAUAAUGGAAAGGCCACAAGGAGAGCUGCUGGUACGACUAGGACAGAAAGAGGAGUCGCUCCGCCUGUUUCUUCUGGUGAAGUGGAAGAGGGCGGCGAUGCUGGAGGGAAGCUAGUCCAUUUUGAUGGACCAAUCAAGUUUACAGCUGACGAUCUCUUGUGCGCAACGGCGGAAAUAAUGGGAAAAAGCACCUAUGGAACUGUGUACAAGGCUACAAUGGAGGAUGGAAGGCAAGUUGCAGUGAAGAGAUUGAGAGAAAAGAUCACAAAGAGUCAGAGAGAAUUUGAAUCAGAAGUUUGUGUUCUUGGGAGAAUUAGACAUCCCAAUCUUUUGGCUCUAAGGGCCUAUUACUUGGGACAAAAAGGGGAAAAGCUCCUUGUUUUUGAUUACAUGCCUAGAGGAAGCCUUGCUUCUUUCCUACAUGUUCUUAGACCUGAAACAUACAUUGAUUGGCCAACAAGGAUGAAAAUUGCGCAGGGAAUUGCGCGUGGCUUGUUUUACCUUCAUUCGAAGGCGAACAUCAUACAUGGAAACCUUACAUCCAGCAAUGUGCUGCUUGAUGAGAACACAGAUGCUAAGAUAGCAGAUUUUGGCCUUUCUAGGUUGAUGACAGCUGCUGCUAAUUCCAAUGUGAUAGCUACAGCCGCAGCACUAGGAUAUCGCGCGCCUGAGCUCUCGAAACUCAAGAAGGCUAACACAAAAUCUGAUAUAUACAGCUAUGGUGUGAUCUUGCUGGAAAUCUUGACAGGAAAGUCACCUGGUGAAACUAGGAAUGGCUUGGAUUUGCCUCAGUGGGUUGCUUCUAUUGUCAAAGAAGAGUGGACAAAUGAGGUUUUCGAUUCGGAUUUAAUGAGGGACAAGGCAUCAUCCUCAACAGUUAAUGAUGAGUUGCUUAACACCUUGAAGCUUGCUUUGCACUGCGUUGAUCCUACACCGUCGCCACGGCCGGAAGCUCACCAAAUUCUCCAGCAGCUAGAAGAGAUUAGACCAGAGUUACCACCAGUUAGCCCUGGAGAAGAGUCUUGGCAUCAUGUUUAG